AUGAAGCCCGACGAUAAGAACGUGAUUGUAGGUACAGACUGGGAGGCUGUAGGACCAUUCCCGAGUGGGAUGCGAGAACACCCUCUCACCGGAUCAUCAAUCUCAGCAUUCCUUGAUCCCUCAAUCGACCCAGAUUUAGAUUUCGCUUCUAGACCUUAUGAAGAUGAUGAGAGUUGGCCUAGUGAGCUGGGAAAUGGUGGAAGAGUGGGUUGGAAGGAAUUCCAAACGGGCGAUGAUGGAUGGUUGGAUAUAUCCUAUCCAGAAAUCAAUUGGGACCAACUUCGAUCCGACCAUGGAUGGUCAUCACUCCAAUAUCAAUCUAUCCUUCGUACUUCCGUUGCCAUUCCCAAGGUAAAUGAUCAAUCAAAGACACCAUUUACAAUAGAUGUCACCCAAGGUGUAGAAUACGCUUUCAUCCCUGCAGACCACACAGAGCAUACUGGCCCGGUAGAAUGGUAUUCGGGAGAUAUAUAUGCGUUUUCCGAAACACCCACUGGACAAAGAGAGAUAACAUCAAAAACAUCAAAUUUCGCUAGAUCUCUAUCCCUGAAGCCGGGAAAGUACACGUUGUUGGUCAAGGCGAUAUAUGAAAUUAGGAUGUUUGGUGAUCCCGGACUUUCUGUUUCACCUACCAUAAGACUGAAGGUGUUAGCUGAGCUAGAUAGAGUGGAGGAAAUGGAGGUGAUAGAUGGGUUAGGGGAAAUGCCAGACAUGUUAGAUGGGUGGUUUAUGGGUGAUUGGAUCUCAGUUGGAAUAAGGGUUGCAGACGGUAAGGAGGAUAUAGAAGUUAUUGGAGUAGAAAGCUCUUUUGGGUCGUCCUUGUCACUUAGUUUACCUGGCGGAGCAAGGGUCACACCAGGACAGACAAGACCGGUAUCAAUCAAGUUGGAGCAGCGUAGAUCGUUGCCGAGCUAUCUGCAGUCUAUCAAAAUCAAAUUCAGAGUCAAAGUCGGGAGUGAAGAGAAAGACUACAUCUGGCAUCCACGGUCCAAACAUUUUCAUCUCAAAGACAACGAUCAGAUACCACCUUUUAGGAUCACUUUCUCAUCGUCGUCGUCGACGACAUUUUCCACGUCCGUCAUACCAGCCUCAAUCUCACACGCUAUGAUCGUUCCACCGCCAAAUCCAAAUUCAUUUCCUAAACCAGCGGCGACGGAUCAGCUACGGCCGGUGUUAUUAGUCUUACAUGGCGCAGGGGUGGAUAUAACCGAGCCAAUGAUGCCUCAAGCUGUUCCUUCGAUACCUGAUCAUUGGGUGGUAUUACCCACAGGGAGGAAUGAGUGGGGAGAGGAUUGGCAUGGAAGUAGUAUGCAGGAUGUAUGGUCAGUCAGGGAAGCUUUCGGAAGGAUUAUCCAGAAGAUUGGAAUUGAGGUGUCUAAUGAAACUAUCUUGAUGGGACAUUCGAAUGGAGGACAAGGAGCUUGGCACCUUGCUGCGAGGUAUCCUGAUAGGAUCGUUGGUAUGGUGGCUGCUUCCGGAUGGUUGACAAUACAGGACUACGUACCCUAUACCGAGCAAACUUCGAGACAUUACGCCGAUCCCUCAUUGAUGGGUAUCCUCUCUUCUUCCCUCUCACCAUUUAACAAUGACCUCUACCUAUCCAACCUCGUCAAUAUCCCUAUUCUGGUAAUUCACGGUUCAGACGAUGAUAAUGUCCCACCACGUCAUUCACGCUCAUACCUUUCCAUCCUCUCCUCUUGGGCAGGCAAGCAAGAUGGUGGGGUAGUAAAGUAUCUAGAAGUGGAGAAAAAAGGACAUUGGUGGGAUGAUGUGAUAAAGUCCACCGACGUAGUCAAUUUCAUUACCAAUAUACCAAAGAAGAAAAGCUGGGAUGAACAGCGUAAAGAGGGAUUCACAUUGACCACUGCCAACCCACAGGAAAAUGGUGGACGAGCUGGAAUUAGGAUUGUAGAAUUGGAUAUACCGGGUAGGAUAGGAAGGUUAGAUGUGAAUGCUAGACAGUGGAGGGAUAGUAAUCCUGCUAAGCCACUUGAUCUCAGAGGGAUGAAUAUCAAGAAAAUCGAAUUGAUCUCACAACUUACUAACGAGAAAAAGAUAUUGCUUAGAUCUCCUAUACAGGGGGGAUGGACUCAAUCCGUUAUGAAUGGUCCACUCACGCCCCCUAGAGCAUAUGGACCAAUGAUCAGAAUACUUUCAACAGCCGGUCCGAUGGUGAUUAUCUGUCCGGAUAUUCCAAGAUUGAAGGAUGUGGCUAAGGGGAUAACACAUGAUCUAUACGUCUAUCAUAGGUUGGAUAGUGAGAUUAUAGAUGAUCGAGAGGGUUUGUUGAAAGUAGCCAAAGGACAAAUAGGGGAAAGUAAUUUGGUGGUUCUUGGUAGACCUGAUGAGAAUCUGUUUGUUAACUGGAUGAUCAAGCAAGGAAAGAUACCUCUUGAAUUCCCUACGAAAGGUGUGAUGUUGAUUGAAGAUAAGGUUGUGUACGAUCGUGGUGCAGGCAUCAUCGCUCUACACCCCCAUCCCACAUCAUUCAAAGCCCUUUCGAUGCUCAUAGCAGGUAACGAUGAUUUAGGAUUGGAAUUGGCAGCUAGGUUGUUCCCUAUCAGAACGGGUGUAAUGUUACCUGAUUGGACUGUAGUAGGGCCUCAGGCGAGAUGGAAAAGCGCAGGUGGAUUUAUAGGUGCAGGAUUCUGGGAUGGCGAGUGGGGGUGGAGCGAUUCGAUGUCAUGGAUGGAUCGAUAG